AAAUAUACAUAUAGAGAAUGUUGUUUUACAUUUAUCCCAGCAAAUAAUGGCUAACAAUUUUAAUAAUAAUAUUAUUUCUGAGAGUUAUAUAGUAAAAUCAAACACCCAAUUUAUCCAAUGUCACAUAAUGCCUACACUAUUCAGCCAUUCAAUAAUGGCGUUCACACAGCCCCACACAACCCACCAACGACUUUAAUUCAAAACUUCAAACUUUUCAAACGUCUCUCUCCUCUGAAAACUGAAAUCUUCUGCAGCUUUUUUCUUUGUUUUGUUUUGUGCUAAUUAAACUGUCAUUUUUUUACCGCUUCAGAGCACUCGUGGUUUGAAAAAGAACCCAUCUUUUUAUAUAUUUUCUUUUGCUUCAAUAUGAGAUGCUGCUUGCAUGCUUCUUGUAUAAAUGCUGCAUUCUGCCCUUUAAUCUAAAGUCCUUUUUUUUCUUCACUUUUUCUUGUUGGGGAAAGAAGAGUUUCUCUUUCACCUUUCUCUGUUCUUUGCUUAUAUCAGUAAAGUAACAAACUUUAGUGGAAGGAUAUUCAUCACCUGAUCAGAUACUUGAUGACUUCUGGGAUAUAAUAAUAAUCAAAGGGUAUAAUUCUGUUCUCUUAUAUCAUCACAUUUUUUUCUUUGUUUAUUUGCUGCUUCAUCCUGCUUUCCAUACGUUUUGGGUUUAAAUGGUUCAACAAGAAAUGUCUGCUAAUAGCUGUUUUGAGAUGGGUCUCAAUCUGAAGUUUUGGUUUUUAUACGUGCUUCUGUAACUGUCCUGCAUUGUGCAGCUUGUGAUCCAUUGACCUCUGAGCUACAUCCAUUAUAAUUCCCAAGAGUCAGUUGUUCUCGUAUCGUUGAGAUGCCAAGAUCAAGUGGACCAGAAAUGCCUCCGCGGCGUUCUCCUCGGGGGCCAUCUCAGUUGAGGACAUCAAGCUCUGAUCCUGAGUCAAUGCAUCAUAGAGCUACCGGUGAUAGUAGAAGCCCUAAGCUGGGAGGCGAUCGACGAUCACCAAGGGGUCCCCAAUCUGAAACUGUGAAUCAAAAGAAACUUGGAACAAGAAUUGCAGACUUGGAAUCUCAGCUUGGACAAGCUCAAGAGGAGCUGAAAAACCUCAAGGGCCAACUGGUCUCAGCUGAGGCUGCCAAAAAAGCAGCACAAGAACAACUUGAGAAGAAAUCAAAGAAGAAACCACUUUCUUCGGCGCCAGCAGAGAUUCAAAACAAAAUCGUCUCUGAAAUGCAAAAUCCAGCACCCAAUAGAGGAAUUGAAGUUCCUGAAGAUAACCAGCCAGAGACUGAUGUUUUUGAAGUUCCUAUGGAGAAUGUGACUGUUCAACCUCAAGAGCUAAACGGUGAUGACGAUCUCAAAACGAAAUCUCAACUUUCACCAACAUCAACCGUUUUGGAGGCAGAAAAGCCACCUUUUGAUGAGUUGGCUCUGAAAAAUGGUGAGAUAACCGCAUUGAACACCAAGUUAACAGAGAUGGAGAAAGAGCUAGAAGUUUCUGUUAAAGAAAAUGAAAGCUUAAAGAGUAAGCUUGAAGAAAAAUCUCUGGAGGUAUCAGCAUCUCAGCUGAAGGAGGCUGAAACAAGGAAUAAGUUAAAUGAAGUGACAAAGGAGCUAGAAGAAAGUAAGAACAAUGCUGUUCAGAUUAAUGAGAAGCUAGACGCAGUUGAGAAAGCAAAAGAGGAACUGGAAACCGAGAUGAAGAAGCUAAGAGUACAAACAGAACAAUGGAGGAAGGCAGCUGAUGCCGCUGCGGCAGUGCUUUCAGGAGGUGUUGAAACGAACGGCAGAAGAAUCUCUGAAAGAUGUGGAUCCAUGGACAAGCAGCACUUUGGCAGUGUUUUUGAAGCACAUGGAGGAGGAUAUAAUGGUUACAUGGGUUCUCCAGGCAUAGGGGAAGAUGGUGAUGAUGUAUUUGGAGGCGGAAAACGUAAAGGUUCUGGCAUCAAGAUGUUUGAUCUGUGGAAGAAGAAGGGUCAGAAAUGAGGUCUUUGUGGAGAUUGUGUAACCUCAUUCAGACAUUAUGUCUUUUAUUGGCUUGCAAAAUGAUGGUAAUACUUACCAUUGUUAGUUUGAUCGCCCAAACAUAAAACCAAGGGCAGUGCGCCAAUAUUUUGUUCUGCUCUUCUGCUCCAUGCUGGAAGUGAUGUUAAUCUGUUAUAGAGCUCUUGUAUUGAAUAGAGACCUGCAUUUUCGGUAGUUAUUUUUGAACUUGCGAAAUGGUAAAUUAUCUUUAGUUAUUACUACUGAAUAAAACUAUUACUCCUUCCGUCCCGAAAAAUUAUUGUCUAGUUUGGAUUUUAAUUUUUAAUAUAAAUAGAACAAAAAUGAAAUCCAAAACUGAAUAAUAAUUUUGGGACAGAGGGAAUAGAGUACAUAUUACAUAAUGAG